GGUCUUCAGAAAACCCAGGAAAAAUUAUUUUUGGAUUUCGAAAAGCUCACCGUUGGAAACGGCAUAUUCGAAAACCUAUAAAAAACGUGUUUAUAGACUUACGUACCACUUCUACAGCAUAUGUCCACGUGCCUAGUCAAAAUUGCCUACUGUGCUGAGUAUGCUGAAAAACUAGCACAACUUAAUUCUUUCAUAUUAUAGCUGAUAAUAUCUGGUUAGACUAAUUUUUAGCGAUAUUAUUUCAGUGCCCGAUAUGCAGAUGAUAUUGGUCAUAACAAAUUUACAGAAGAAGUUUAUGAACAUCAAAGUCGUUUAUUAGCUGGUGCACAAUGGCAACCAAAGACAAAUGGUUGGACAGAUAUACUAUCUUAUGCUAAAUGUUCAUUAACUAAAUCACACAUUUUGGCAGGUGAUAAAGUACCGGGUAAAAAUGAACGAAUAAAUCCUCCUGAGGGUUGGAAAUGGGAAGAUGAUUGGAUAGUUGAUAUUAAUCGUGCUGUUGAUGAAGAAGGUUAUGAAUAUUGUGUUAAUCAAACAUUAGGUGGAUGGUGUCCAACCGAUAAAAUAUUUCAUUUAAAUCGUCGACGCCGAUGGUUUCGAACAAGAGUAGUAGACAAAACUGCCCAAAAUAGACGAGAGCCUACUACAAGCCCAGAAUCAUCAAGUAUAUUACCAAUGAGUCAAACUAAGGUACGUGAAACAAACAAUUCACAACUUUUACUUUGCACUACGUACCUUUCACUUCCAAUCAGCAAAGAAUUUGAAGAUGGACUUAAAAAUGGUUGGGAAUAUGCACCCAUGUUCAAUAUGAAAUUUCAUGCUGAUGAACGUAGUAUGGAUAUGGUUAGACGACGACGUUGGCAUCGGAAAAUGAUACCUGAGUCACCUGAAUAUACACAAGCUGUAUUUCGUAUGACAGCACAAGUGGAUGCAACACCAUCUACAGACGAGCAGGAUAAAGGAAAAACUGAUGCAAAAAAAGAAAUAAUAGAAAUAAAUACUCCAAGAAUGUUUUUACAUUUUAAAGAGUCAUUAUAUGAUGAAACAGUGAUUAUUCCGAUUAUAAUUACUGUUGCUAUUGUUAUAGCAUAUUGA